GAAAUAAAGGGUGCGGAGUCACGGUGGUCAACCAAAUCAGCAGAAACUUUUAGAAGCCUUCUAAAGCCAAAGUGUUCUGGAGACGGCAGAGAGCGGAUGCUGCUGUGAGAAACCCUUCCACGAUGAAGAGGUGCUCUGUGUCUGAUCUCAGGACAGUGGCUGGGGUGUGCGUGUUCCUGGGGGUCUGCAUCGCAAUAGCUGUGCUGUGUCUGACCUUGGGUAGACCUCUUAAAGACCCCGAAACUCAUUCCCACACUGGGGGAGACAUGCUGGAAUAUAUGAUGUCCCAAGGGAAGAUCAGCUCCAAGGAUGGGCUUCUGGUGACCUGGAGUCAUGGGGCCAACAGCAAGAGUCAGAUGGAAGCAGCACUAAAGAGUGACAUCAUGGUUCUAGAAGCUGAUGUGAAUGUUCAAGGAUACGGAACCGUUAAUCAAACAAACAUCCCCAUCAUGGCUCAUCCGCCGGAUGUUUAUAGUGACAACACGCUUUAUGAAUGGCUCGACGCAGUUGUUGAUUCUUCAAAAGGUAUCAAGCUGGAUUUUAAAAGCAUUGAAGCUGUGAGCCCAUCCCUUGAUAUAUUACAUGCCAAGGCCACCAACGUGAAGAUUAAACAGCCUGUGUGGCUGAAUGCAGACAUCUUGAUUGGGCCUAACGUCAACCACAAUAUAGCGGUCAAUGCAACUCGGUUUCUGGCAUUAGUUCAAGAGAAGUUCCCAGAUGUCACCAUUUCCCCAGGUUGGGUGACCCUCUACCUGCCUCCUUUGAUCUCAAACCGGACCUACACAUGGGAAAUGAUCCAGCAGAUGUACAAUGUAGUGAAAUCUGUGCCCCAGAGGGUAACUUUCCCAGCACGAGCCGUUCUAACCCGCUCGGCAUGGCCUCACUUUAACUGGCUUCUGCAGCAGUCUGACCGGUACACCCUCACAUUGUGGCAGGGGAGUUCUGACCCCCUCACCUUGGAGGAUCUUUUGUUCAUUCGAAGCAGCAGUCACCCUGAGCAGAUCUAUUACGAUAUUUACGAUCCUCUGUUAUCUGAGUUCAAAGAAAUUGCUUUAAAUCCAAACAGGAGGUCUCGGUUUUAUUCUGGGGGCAGCUUGCAGUUGUAUUUCCACCCUGAGGAUGAUGAUGGAUUACUGGUGAAAUGGUUUGAUGCUGAAGAUAACGUCACAUCCCUUCGCGGCUUUUUGGAUAAUAACUCUGGCAUGCUUACAUUCUAUGUUGAGAUGCAGGAAAUAAAUUCCAACCUCAUCCCGGUGGUGGUCUUGUCUGCGUCGUCUUCCGUGCUCCCUUUGGAAGAUGGUCUAAAGUUACUCUCUGCUACCUCCAACCCUUGGGGAGUUUACUUGAAAAUAAAAGAUCGCAGGUCCCUCAAUGAGACUCUCAGUGCACUGAGACGGCAGUACGAUCAAAGAGCACUCUAUUUCCCGGUGUGGAUUAGCAUGGAUGUAUCUUAUGGAAGCUUCAGUACUCCUGGAUAUAUACAAGGCAAAGACUUCAUCGGUAGCAUUAAUGCCAUCUUCCCCUAUGUUACAAUUGCUCCCAGCUGGCCUGCGGAGGUGCUGGUUGAGGGCUACACUGAUGUGAUGGUGAAGGACAUGAUAAAGCUAUGUGAGGGUCUCUGGCAAGAGGUGUCCUUUCAGGUCCAAGCAGUAGCCUUGGAAGAGUCCUGGCUGAACGUGGUAAAAGUCAUGAAGGUCUCUCCAAUGUAUUCCCUAACCAUACAGCAUGACUUUCAACACGGAUCCUUCAUGAGCGGAUACAAGGGGCUGAUGGCGAUCAGAUCACACUCAGAAAAGAACGUCUACUACAAACUGCCUCGGGAUUACCGGUACUUACUUCUAACCAGCAUCUAUACGUCAUAGAAAGAAAUGACUACCUACAUCUUUUAAGGACAUAGCCUAUUGGUAAUAUUUGUAUAAGGGUCCCAUCUGUACUGUAGUACUGGGGGAUGCACGACAACCCGCUAGGAAUUAUGUAAUGUUAACAACGUGUUUCACAACCCAGAUAAUCAGCUCUUUUGUUGCCGUUGAUUUAAAGCUAGAUAGAUACUUGUAUUUGCGUUUUCCGUAACAAGAUACUUAGUGAUGCAGAUUUAUGCUUCGUUUGAAGAAGGGCUGGAAUCUUAGAAUCCAAAUGUAUAUUGAAGUUAAAUAAUUCUAAUAAAAAAUGUUGUGUCUGUAUACGGAA